AGUUGUCUUCUGACAGUCGUAGCGGCAACUUGUGUCAGUUAGACGUUCGGGUCGAUCCCAUAUUUUCACUAGUGAAUAUCGGUGUUCGAUGUGAAUAUUGUUUGUGAUAUUACACCAAUAGUGCUGUGCCGUGUUGUAUCCACGUUUUAGUUGGAUCGCAAUAUUGUUUGGCAGCGUGCAUAAUUUUGUGCAGUGAUUCUAGUGAUAGGUCAUAGUACCUUGCCUGAGAUUUUAUAAUUAAUUAUUAACAUCAGUGUGCGAAUAAUUCUUUGCGUUGAAAAGUUUUGAAUUGUGUAUACAUAACUGUGAGGUGGCGCCGAUAGCGGACUCUGGCGGAACUAAGGACUGGAACGUGUCGAGUCGACCUACUUUUGUAAACACAGAUUACCUCGCUGUCUUUUCUACCGGGACUCGUUAAAAUUCCCGAGCGGUUCCCAAAUUUUUCCCGACAUUGCCAAGUAAUACUACAAGUGAUAGCCUGUGCCUUUCCUAAAAUGGUCUGAGGACCGUGUUUCUUUUUGAGUUUGUAAAUUUCCGAUGGAAGCGAUGGGUAUUGAUAAGAAAACGGACCACGAGAGCGGGUACUUCGAGGAUUCAGAGUACGAAGGCUCGGUGAAGAGUGUGGACAGUGGCAGCCGGAAAAAGCCAAGAAGCAGCGACGAAAGCCCGGAACGACGUGUCAGUGAAGUGCCAAGUGAUGCGAGUACGGUCCUCAACGAGUGUAAUACACGCAUCACCAUCAGCGACGGCAGUGAGGAUGACGGAGAGUACUACUUCCGUAGUGAGGAGCAUCCCCGAGAGAGAGUUAACCUGACGUGUGCCGGACGUGUGGAUAUGUCCUGCUUCGACCUGCUCAAAGUCCUUGGCACUGGUGCUUACGGCAAGGUAUUCCUUGUGCGCAAGAAAGGCGGGAUUGAUGACGGCCGCCUCUAUGCCAUGAAGGUCCUCAAGAAGGCCACCAUUGUCCAAAAGAAGAAGACCACCGAGCACACCAAGACUGAGAGGCAGGUCCUGGAGGCGGUCAGAGAGUCCCCCUUCCUGGUCACCCUGCACUACGCCUUCCAGACCGACGCCAAGCUCCACCUCAUCCUCGAUUUUGUGUCUGGUGGUGAACUGUUCACCCACCUCUACCAGCGCGACCGCUUCACUGAGGACGAGGUCCGGAUCUACAUAGGCGAGAUCGUGCUGGCCCUUGAGCACUUACACAAGCUGGGAAUCAUCUACCGUGACAUCAAGUUGGAGAAUAUCCUGCUGGACUCUUCUGGACACAUCGUGCUCACCGAUUUCGGGCUCAGCAAGGAGUUCCUGCCCCACGAGAAGGACCAGAGAGCAUACUCCUUCUGUGGCACGAUAGAAUAUAUGGCACCCGAAGUAGUCCAUGGAGGCUCAAGCGGACAUGAUAUUGCUGUAGACUGGUGGAGUGUGGGUGUUUUGACCUACGAAUUACUGACAGGAGCCUCCCCAUUCACUGUAGAACGAGAGCGGAAUACUCAGCAAGACAUAUCUAGCAUUAUUUCCAGGCGAAUCAUGAAGACGACACCACCAAUACCGCCUUAUUUGUCAUCUGAAGUUAGUGACUUCAUUAGCAAAUUGCUAGUGAAGGACCCCAGGAAGCGACUCGGAGGCGGAGAGGAUGACGCGGAGGAGUUGAAACGCCAUCCAUUCUUCAGGAAAAUCAAUUGGGAUGAUUUAGCGAGGAAAGCAAUACCAGCACCAUUCGUUCCUAAGAUCACCAAUGAGCUCGACGUCAGCAAUUUCUCUGAAGAGUUCACCAAAAUGGUUCCAGCCGAUUCACCAGCUGUAGUUCCUCCCAACUACGACAAGGUUUUCAAAGGCUACUCUUAUGUAGCACCCUCUGUACUCUUUACGGAAAACGUCAUCAGUGACGAGAUUUUUCGUCCAUUCGAUAAGAGACCUUCCACAGCCAACAUCAUUGCCUGUAAAUUUAAGAACUCUGCCUUUUUCCAAAAUUACGACAUCAACCUGGAGAGGGACGGGUUAUUGGGCGAUGGCAGUUUCUCAGUCUGCCGACGCUGCGUGGAGCGGGCAACAGGACAGGCCUACGCUGUCAAGAUCGUCAGCCGCAAAAUUGACUGUAGCCAGGAGGUGAACCUUCUUCGAGCCUGUCAAGGCCAUCCCAAUAUUGUCAAUCUCCACGAAGUAUUUUACGAUGAGGUUCACACGUACAUAGUACUGGAACUGCUACAAGGAGGCGAACUACUAGAAAGGAUCAGGUGUAAAGAUCGGUUCACUGAGACUGAGGCAAGUCGGAUCAUGAAGCAGUUAGUGUGUGCUGUCAGUUUCAUGCAUGCGAGGGGAGUUGUCCACCGAGAUCUCAAACCUGAGAAUAUGCUGUUUGCUGAUAAAUCACCAAACUCCACCAUCAAGAUCGUAGACUUUGGAUUCGCCCAACAGAAGAAGGAGGGGGACUCUUUGCACACCCCAUGCUUCACGCUGCACUACGCUGCCCCAGAGGUACUGUCACAGGCUGGUGACGGCUAUGAUGAGAACUGCGACGUUUGGAGUCUCGGAGUGAUCCUGUACACUAUGUUGAGUGGAAGAGCACCAUUCCAUGCCAGGUCCAGGGAUGAAAGCCCGUCGGCAGUCAUCGCCCGUAUUAAGUCCGGUGAAUUCCACUUUCAUGCCGAGUCAUGGUGCUCUGUGUCCCAUGAAGCCAAAUCACUUACCAAAGGACUGUUGACGGUGGAUCCGCGCCGGAGACUGCGCAUGUCUGCGCUGAUGGUUCACCCCUGGGUACAAGGUUGUGAUGUGUCUGCCACCCCGCUCAUGACCCCUGAUGUGCUCACAGCGGGCUCUUCCCACCGGUCUGCCGAAAUGGCAGUCAAACAUGCCUUCAAUGCCUUCCACCAAGCCCACAGAGAGGGCUUCAGAUUGCAGGAUGUUGUGAACGCGAAACUCGCUCAACGCAGGAGACUGAAGAAGAAACCUUCUGAUGUUAACAGUUGCUUUAGCAGCUAUUCUAGUUCAAGUUCCUCAGGCCGUUCGUCCGUCCAAGCAACGUCCUCGCUGUCAAGACCUGCCCCAUCCAACACCGACAGCUGCGAGUUGUUCAGCUUCAGUGAGAACCGUGUGCAAGAAUACCUGUCGAGCCUGUCAUCAUCCGAGUCGUGUGACAGUGUACACGCAGCCGCAUUAACACUGUUGGCCUGUGCCGCUCAAGCUGCAGGACCCAGUCAUGCGGACUUCGUGCAGGACCUUGAAGUGGGCUCGUACGAGCAAGUGUCGGACCGUCUUCCCUCGGUCAGUGAGAGUGAACAGUUGGUGGGACCCCUCACCCGCGCCAAGAAGCGUAAGCUCGAGUCGGACUCGUCACCUGAUGCCAAGAGGGAAAGAAAAGAGGAGAGGAAGACCAAAGGAAAGAGGCACCGGAAGCACCACCACCGGUCGAGACACCACAGACAUCGUUCGGAGAAACACCCCGAAAUCAUCACGAUUGAUGAUUAAUUCCUUAGGACAAAUUUAAUGUUAAAACAUUUGGAAAAUAAAUUGUGCUAUGAUAAUUACUCUACAAUUCAUUUAGAACAAUUUGUUUUCCUAACUUACCCUGUAUAUUGUAAAAGACAUUUGAAAGUGGAAGUAGACUAAUAUUUGCACUUACGGAAGGAUUAACUUGUACAUCACUCGAUACUCUAUGUUUACAAUGUAUAUUUAACAAAUUGCCUAUUAGGUUGAGUGACAAUCCUUACAAAGCAAAUCUGUUCUACUUUCAUUUUACAAUUACCUCAUUUUUAAUGACUACAAUUAAAAAUACAAUGAAUCAAUCCUUCUUGAUAAUUGCGAGUCCUAACAAGUAAUGACUGAGCAAAACUUUCUGGAAACUUGACUAACAAUUGCCUUUAACAAUGUGAUGAAGCUGUUUCAAUAAAAAUGCCACGAAAUGUCUAAAAAAGAAGAGGAAGAUGAGAUGACUAUAAUUCUUGAGGUAAAAGAUAUUUAAUUAGUUUUAGACAUUUAAUAUUUAUGUAUUAUUUAGUCACAAAUUUUUAGAACUCGCAAUUAUCAGGAAGGAUUCAUUAAUUAUAUUUUGUAAAAACUCCUUGUAAUUAUUAGUAUUUUAUUUUUGUUUUUAAGAUUGUAUGCAUUUAGUUUGACAUAAUUGAAUAUGUUCAAUUUGUUUUAAUUAAUUAUAACAUUUUAUUAUUUUUUGAAAUUUUGCUACAUUUUUUGAAGAUUGAGUUUGAGAUGAUAUAUGUUAUAUCACCAAGUAUGUUAUUAAACUUAAAUAUGUUACAUUUAAAAAAAUACAAACAUUAUAUUUAUUUUGGUACAGGUUGACAGAAUAAAAUACAAUAAAAACCUUUUCUACUAUAAAACAAUGAUGAUACAUUAAAAACUGUCACCACUGCAUAAAAACAAUAUCUUUUCAUUAUAAAAAUUGUAUACUUAAUUUUUCCAUUGAUCAUUGAUUGAGUAGUUAUAUAUUGAUCAUUUAUUUUAACUAAGUGAUGACCAAACUGGUUGUAGUUUGUAAAAACAACUCUUUUCCAAGAGAUCAGAGUCUUCAGUGAUCUCUAAGAAGUUUUUUUUUAAAUAAAUUUUAAGUUUAUUUUACAUUGAAGUGCCUUUUAUUGUGUUACCUCUAUAAAAAUAAGUCUAGUGAUAGCUGUUUACGUUACUCGUAAUUUGUAACAUAUUUAAGUUUUCCUCAGCCAUAUAGCAACAUAUCAUGUAAAGCUUGAUCUUCAGCGUAUUCUUUAUUAAAUUAUUAAUUCAAUUACUCCGUGUUAAUGAUUAUUUAAGUAGGAUCAAACUCAUUAAAUUUUCAUAAAAUACGUGAUGAGUGUUAUUUAGAAGUUUGGCCUUUACAAGUAUAUUUUGUUUGGUUUUUUAGGACUAAUUUGAUAAGCACAUGUGAUAGGUCUUACAAUUCCUAGCGUGAAUGUGGGUGUGACAAGGCCAAAUACAACGCUCUUGCCGGUCAGUAUAGUGAACAAAGACAAAUACGUCACAAUAUCUCCAAUAAAUAUACAUGGUACAAAAAAGUAGACAAACAGAAAUCACAGUACAUUCAGGUCCACUAUUGUUCUUUUGUUAUACUAUGAACAGGUUGACAUUGUUCACUUGUAUUGACUCAAUACGGAGUCAGUUGUAUGUAUUGGACUUGAAAAGCUUGAAAGGAAGUGGCUCACUCUGAUGAAGUAAAUUUUAAGUAAAAAGGACCACUUUCAUUUCAUUUAUUAUACUUCAAAACAUAAUUUAGGCGUAAUUCUAGCCUUUUUCUCGUUGAAAUUUUCCUUUCAAGCUUUAUGAAAACACAAGCUUUAACUGACAUUGUAAACUGGUUCCUCUCUAAGCGUACACGAUUUUCCUUGUACACAUUUUGUUUUUCACAAAUGAAUCAGAUGAAAAUGUUAUGUUCAAGAAAAAUAUUGUAAAGUGGCCAUUUAUUAACGAUUUUUAAGUAAACCGUAUUGUAAUUAACCUUUUACCAAUGUGGUUUAUAUAUAAAAUUAUAAUAAUUUGAUUUUUAAUAACUGACCUUUUUACAUUAUAGUUCUUAAAUGUAAGUUUUGCUAAUAAUAUAGAGCUUGGAGGGGAACGAGGUUAUGAUGUAAGAAUGUUGUUCAUGGUUAUUGUGUACUGUACAUGAGUCAGUAAUAUGCCUUAAUACAAUACUAAAUUGUUCUGUGAUGCAGAUAGACAUGUUUAUUUUUGUAAUUCAACAGGUGAUAUUUGUAUUGAUAGAAUUAAAGUGCAUUCAAUUUAGAGUUUUGCAUGAUUUAACUAUCAAUAAAUAGAUAGUUAAUCUUGCAAAAUUUGUCUGAUACAAGUAAAUUGUUAUAUAUCUAUAUGGAUUUCUGUCUAUUUGUACAUUUGCCUAUUUUAUGUAUUAUAGACCAUAAUAUAUAAAUGUUGGGAAUUUGAAUAAAAUUUAUUAGUAUAAAUGCA